ACUUGGUUUCUUUCUUUGUCUCUGAGUUUUAGCUUUUUAUUGACCUUUUUCUUCUUGGUUUCUUUCUCUGCAUCUCAAGACUUAGUACAAUAAAAAACCAACUUAUACUAUGUCUUCUUUCAAAAAAUUACAAAUUAAAUCAAACUCUUUGGAUUUAUAUUUGUUCUCUUUGUUCUCGUAAAUGUCUUCUAGUGAAUUUUUUUUUUCUUUUCAUGUCGUCAAUCUCUAUGGCGUCUUCCUGUUCUUCUAAUUCUUUGCUUUCGUUGUCUUCUGAAUCAUGUUUCAUUUCUAUCUUCUCUCUCAUUUUUUAAAAUUAUUUUAUUAAUGAAACUUUGUAGAUUAAGCUUAAGCAUACCCUGAGAAGAUGUCUUCAUCGUACAACAACACAAUUUCAUCAUCCUCCACUCAGUCUUUCCUCCUCUCCGGCGCCGCCAUCGGAGCAAACAACUUUAACCGUGAUGAGACGGCGAUGACGAUGAUUCAACAACCCAACUCCGUCGCUCCAACACCACCACCCAAGAAACGAAGAAACCAACCCGGAAACCCAAAUCCCGAUGCUGAAGUGAUAGCGUUGUCUCCAAAGACGAUAAUGGCGACGAACAGGUUCAUAUGUGAAGUAUGCAACAAAGGGUUUCAAAGAGAACAGAAUCUACAGCUUCACCGGAGAGGACACAACCUUCCAUGGAAGCUGAAACAGAAGUCUACCAAAGAAGUGAGGAGGAAGGUGUAUCUUUGUCCGGAGCCCUCGUGCGUCCACCAUGACCCGUCACGUGCUCUCGGAGACCUCACCGGAAUCAAGAAGCAUUAUUACCGGAAGCACGGCGAGAAGAAGUUUAAAUGCGAGAAAUGCUCUAAGCGUUACGCUGUUCAAUCUGAUUGGAAGGCUCACUCUAAGACUUGUGGUACCAAAGAGUAUCGAUGUGACUGUGGUACCAUCUUCUCAAGAAGAGACAGUUACAUUACGCACAGGGCAUUCUGUGAUGCACUAAUCCAAGAGACAGCAAGAAAUCCUACCGUGAGCUUCACGGCAAUGGCAGCAUCCGCUGGUGGCGGCGGGGGCAGACAUGGCUUUUACGGUGGCGCUGCUUCUGGUUCUGCUCUCUCUCACAACCAUUUCGGUAACAACUCAAACUCCGGUUUUACCCCUCUAGCUGCAGGUUACAAUCUGAACCGUUCAUCUUCCGAGAAGUUUGAGAACUUCGUUCCUCAGUCCACAAACCCUAAUCCCGGCCCUACUAACUUCCUCAUGCAAUGCUCUCCAAACCAAGGAUUGUUGGCGCAGAACGAUCAGGGUCUCAUGAACCAGCACGGUCUGAUUAGCCUCGGUGAUAACAUCAACAACAACAACAACAACAACAACUUGUUCAACCUCGGCUACUUUCAAGACAACGCUAAGAACUCUGACCAGACCAUUGUUCCUCCCCUUUUCCCCAGUGGUGCUGAUAACAACGAUCCUUCGGCUUUGCUUAGAGGGUUAACUUCUUCAUCUUCCUCAAGUGUGGUCGUCAAUGACUUUGGAGAUGGUGACAAUGGAAACUUUCAAGGUCUCAUGAACUCUCUAGCUGCGACAUCUGAUCAUCAAGGCCGGUCCGGUAGCAGCCUCUUUGACCUUCACUUCGGAAACAAUCUUAGCAUGGGAGGCUCUGAUAGGUUGACUCUGGACUUUCUUGGCGUUAAUGGAGGAAUCGUGAGCAACGUCAAUGGUCGUGGUGGUCGUAAUGGAGCUCCUUUGGACGUUGAUAUGAAGUUUUCACAUCCAAAUGAUCCCUUUGGAAAAGCUUGAGAUGGAUACAUGGUGUUGCUGGGCUCCUCGGACUGGAUAAUUUAAGCUUUCUUUCAUUUGUCGUCUUCAUCUAUCGGAACUGGAUAAUUAUCUCUCUUAAGUAAGGAUUUAGGUUGGGAUUUUCA